CAUCACAAGAAUACAAAUUAGUACAACACAACAGCACAUCAUGAGCACAUGAGCAAUCAAAAAGCAGCAGCAGCCACUCUUCUUUUCUUCACUUCAAUCUCUCAUGAUCUUCUGAAGUCAAUCUAACCAAUUGGUUUUGUUAGAUUUCACUGUCUGGUGAAUCAGUUCUUCUUUAAGUACUUCUCAUUUUUCAUUUGUCAGAGAAGUAAGCGAAGCGAAGCAGAAAUGGAUGUGGAUUUCUGGGCUGCUAGAAUUCACACAGCUAAACAUUUUUCAGCUGUCCAAGCUGCCAGACUGAACAAUUCUGAUAGCCAUUUGGCCAUAGGAGAUGAAGGUGAAGAUGAUGUUAGAGCAUGGUUUCCCUGCCCUUUCUGUUAUGUAGAAAUUGAAGUUCCAGUGCUGUGUAGCCAUUUGCAAGAAGAGCAUUGUUUUGACUUGAAAAAUGCGGUCUGCCCAAUAUGUGCAGCAACUCUGGGAAAAGAUGCAAUCGGGCAUUUCACAAUGCAGCAUUCUCAAUCGGUGAAGCGCCGGAGAAAAUCUCAAAAAUCAGGCAUGUGGAGUAACACCUCAGCAACAGUAGGCAAGGACUUGCGAGAGUUAACAUCAUUUCUUGGUUCAAAUUCAUUAAGUAGUCAGUCUGACGGGCACGAACCUGCUCCAGAUCCACUCCUUUCACCAUUUCUUUGUUCAAGAACUUUUUUAGACCCUAAAGACAGCAAAAAAGAUGUGUCUUCUAGUUGCACUGACUCAACUGCUAAUGCAGACAGGAUUCUACGUAAAUUUUCUGCUGGAGGAGGAAAAGGAGGAUAUAAAUGUUUUAUUAUUUAGCGGGAACAGCUUGCCAGAACAGCAAAGUGUAGAUAUAGCAUAGAAGUACCUUAUUUCAAUAGGAGAAGAUCUAUACAUGACUCUGACGCUGACCAGUCUUCUUGAUUUUGAAGCCAAAUUGCAGAUAAAAGAAUUACAAAUGAUUUAAAAUGCAAUGACAACAACUGAUCAAAACAUUCUUUGUAUUCUUUUGGAAAUCCAGAAAACAAACUUUCUAAGUUACAGAACAAUAUUCACCACCUAAUUAUUGCCUUUCAGUAUAUCAAUGUCAGUUAUCACAUGUCUGGAGAGUUGUUUGCAUGGCAAGCCCAAUAAGAGCACUACCAAGAAGAAGAGUUCUAACUAGUAUUACUUGUAUCUUUAUUCCUCUUGGAUAUAAGUUAUCUUUUUCAUUUAAUCCUUUUUGUUCUUUCAUUCCUUUUGUAGUGGGAAUAAGGUGAGUUCUAACUAGUAUUACUUGUAUCUUUAUUCCUCUUGGAUAUAAGCUAUCUUUUUCAUUUAAUCCUUUUUGUCCUUUCAUUCCUUUUUGUAGUGGGAAUAAGGUGGAGCGGAUAGCUUAACAUGAAUAAUAGAUCUCAUAAGAUUCUCCUUAGAUUGAAGUGAAUUCAUAUUAUUGGUGAUGCUCGAGUUUCUUGUCUGACUUUCACUUGAUAUUAUAGCCUACCUCUUUGUGUAGUUUAUCAUGUCUCACCUCUGCUCUCCAAUCCCUCCACCACAACCCC